GCUCUGACCAAACCAAACAACACAAACACAUGUUACUCGAACGUUGACAUUUACAAACACUAAACAUCCAAGGCGUGUGCUUAGCACGUCGUCGUUUACACCCUCUCUUUCUUCUCUUGAACAAUUUUCUCUCUCUCUCUCCUUUGUUACCUAACUUUGAUUCCUUUCUUUGUCUCUUCAAUCCCUCAAAAAAACCCUUUUUUACUCACUUUUUUCUAUUUUGAUUUCUGGGUUUUAAUUAUAACAUCAGCGCAAGAGGUAAUCUUGAUUUCUGAUAAAGAUGGACUUUUUCUUCAGAGGUCUAAGUGAGGAUCCCGCACCUUCUCAGCUAGACAUCCAUAGGUGUCCCUUUCUGAGAAACAUUAAUGAGCCCACUAGUUUUUCCCUUUCCUCAUCCAUGCCUUUCCCAAUGCCUGUGCGCAUGGGUAAGGGUCCAAUUUUUGAAGAUGGUCCCAAUUUUGACAUGGCUUUUAGGCUAUUCCAUGGACAUGAUGGAGUAGUCCCACUUUCUGAAAGAUCUUUAUCAAAUGCUGAGAAAGUAGAACCUCAACUCGCUGUACCCAAAUUCAAUCCUUUAGCUGCAAAGGCAGCCACCAUCAGUCUUUCAUCCUUUGGAGCUGGGGGACCCUUCAGUUUUGAUGCGUUUUCUAAGAAGUGGAAUAAUCAGAAGAAAAACUCCAAUUCAUCCAAGAAAGGGUCGUCUUCACAGGGAGGACAAUCUAAUCAUGAGGCAUUGAGCAAUGAGUGGCUGCAAACUGGAAACUGCCCUAUUGCGAAAUCUUAUCGGGCAGUUAGCAGUGUCUUGCCACUUGUAGCUAAGGUUCUGAAACCCCCUCCAGGCAUGAACAUCAAGUGCCCACCUGCAGUGAUUGCAGCCAGAGCAGCUAUAUCACGAACUUCCUUUGCAAAGAAUCUCCGGCCACAACCCUUGCCCGCAAAAAUACUUGUGAUUGGGAUUUUGGGUAUGGCAGCAAAUGUUCCUUUAGGAAUAUGGAGGGAACACACCAAAAAAUUUUCGCCAUCUUGGUUUGCUGCUGUCCAUGCUGCAGUUCCAUUCAUAGCCAUGCUUAGGAAAUCCAUAUUGAUGCCAAAGUCAGCCAUGGCACUUACCAUUGGAGCAUCUAUAUUAGGACAGGUUAUUGGAUCUAGGGCAGAGCGAUACCGGCUGAAGGCAGUAGCUGCCAAGAGAAUGCCUCUUGCCGAAACACCUGCCAGUAGCUCCAGUCAGUUGCAAGUUGUUGCUGUUAAGAGUGGACAUUGCGGCGCUCUAGUGGAAUAUCCAGUUUCCCUUCAGAUGGCAGGGAAUUCCUCUUCAGCAGCAGAUGUGUUCUGUUAAUUCUUCUGUCUUGGCACUUAAUUGUUUACCCCAUCUUUGUGCUUUUACAUUAUUGUAAUUUGUGUCCAACAAGGGGUGGUUGCCUGCUCCUUGUUUUUCCAUGAUUGUCGCUGUUUUCCUUUCCUGUAAAGACCUGAUUCCGGCAAUUGAAGAAAUAAAAGAUAAUAAAUCAUGAGUGAUUUAUUUAUUUAUUA